CGGCUCGCCCCUCGGCGGGGCCGCGCGGGGGACGGCUCUUUGUGCGCGCGCCCUGCCCCCAGCCCGCCGGGGGACAAUGUCUCAGCCCCGAGGCAAGAAGAGAAACCCUGGGCUGAAAAUUCCUAAGGAAGCAUUUGAGCAACCACAGACAAGCUCCACGCCACCCAGAGAUCUGGACUCCAAAGCCUGCAUCUCUAUUGGUGAGGAGAACUUUGAGGUGAAGGCCGAUGACCUGGAGCCCAUCUCGGAGCUGGGCCGGGGCGCCUACGGCGUGGUGGAGAAGAUGCGGCACAUGCCCAGCGGGCAGAUCAUGGCAGUGAAGCGCAUCCGAGCCACGGUGAACAGCCAGGAGCAGAAGAGGCUGCUGAUGGACCUGGACAUCUCCAUGAGGACAGUGGAUUGUCCCUUCACUGUCACCUUUUACGGGGCACUCUUCAGAGAGGGAGAUGUGUGGAUUUGCAUGGAGCUGAUGGAUACCUCACUGGACAAAUUCUACAAACAUGUCAUUGACAAAGGCCUGACGAUUCCCGAGGACAUCCUGGGGAAAAUCGCCGUCUCUAUUGUAAAAGCCCUAGAACAUCUCCACAGCAAGCUCUCCGUGAUCCACCGAGAUGUAAAGCCCUCUAACGUGUUGAUCAAUACGCAGGGGCAGGUGAAAAUGUGCGAUUUUGGGAUCAGCGGUUACCUCGUUGACUCUGUGGCUAAAACCAUGGAUGCAGGAUGCAAACCCUACAUGGCUCCGGAGAGAAUCAACCCCGAGCUGAACCAGAAGGGAUACAGCGUCAAAUCAGACAUCUGGAGCCUGGGCAUCACCAUGAUCGAGCUGGCCAUCCUGCGCUUCCCCUACGACUCCUGGGGCACUCCCUUCCAGCAGCUCAAGCAGGUGGUGGAGGAGCCCUCCCCACAGCUCCCAGCAGAGAGGUUCUCAGCAGAGUUCGUCGAUUUUACCUCGCAAUGCUUGAAGAAGAAUUCCAAAGAACGGCCAACAUACCCAGAGCUUAUGCAACAUCCUUUCUUCACCCUGCACGAAUCCAAAGAGACAGACGUCGCCUCUUUUGUCAAGCUCAUCCUGGGAGACUGAGAACUGGACUGGGAAAAGAAUUGCCCUUCUGUGGACUGGUGGGUGCAGGGGAGGGGCACGUGGCAGGACUUGUCAUGGAAGCACCAACAGAAAGGGCUUUGGUUUGGUUUGGUUUGGUUUUAUUCUGAGAAACCCC